CCUCGACUCCAGCCUCGUUCUGACCCGUGCUCACCGUCGUCGCCCUCGUCGGCCCAGUCUCCCCCGCCCACACCCAGCCGCACCCGUCACACGCCGCUUUUGCCACAGUCCGCCAGGGCCGUGUGCUCCCUAACCUGCUCUACACCCCGCAUCUCCCAGAUUUCAGUCGAGAUCCGGGUGCAUCGGGAGAUAUACCUUCCUCUCGCGCCCACCCACCCUUUCUUUCCUCCGUCCGCGAUCUCGAGCCAGCCAUGGCUGCUGCACACCACUCCACCCUCUCUUUGCCUCCCCCAGCCAACAUGGAACGCCUGCCUUCCAUCAAGGAGCUGCAUUUCCCUUACCACCGUUCGCCCCCAGGCCAGCCCAACUCUGCUCCUCAGAACGGCACAGAGCACCAGCAGCCGCCACAGCCAGCCCGCCAUGAAAAUGUGAGCUGGGGCCGCGCCCCGCCGCUGUCCCAUCCUCCCGGUCCCCAGCACUCCCCGACCAUGCCUCCGCCAUCUGACCAUCCCAGGACGACGCAGCAGUCAGGCCACAAGCCGCCGGAUGCCGCGUACUCCCAGCAAGGGCACCACCCCUACGCGUCCCCGACGCAGCUGCCCCACGGUGCCGCCCCUGCAUCCAAGCCUCGCCCCGAUCCCGCCUCGUCCUCUUCAAAGCGUGGACGGUCCAGCUCAACAAUGAGCGCCUCUUCCGCCCGGUCCCCUCACACGGCCUACCCGCCAGGAUACCCGCAACAGUCACCCUCGCCGUUUCAUCAAGUGCCCGGGGCGCCGACCUCACAGCCCCCGUCGGAAUCCGUGCCGCAACAGCCGUCGUACGCACCGCCGAGCUCGACCUACGCGUAUCCACCGCAGACGUCGCAGCAGAUGGCGAGCCGGCAGCCAUAUCCCGCUCAGGCACCUCCGCAGCACCAUCCGCCUCCGUCUCGUCCUGCACCUCAGUACCACGCGCCUCAGCAGUCGCACGAGCAGUGGCAAGCUCCUCCGCCCGCGCAACAGCCACCGCAUCAAGCGGCCCCGCAACAGCCUUACCAGCAACAACCGCCCCAGUUCGAGAACUUUACGCGGACGACGCCCAUUGUCCCUGCACCUGCUGGGCCUCGCAACGCUGUGGCGGCCCCACCGGCAGCGGCAGCGGCCCCUCCGCAGGCGGAUCAAGAGCGCGUGUACCGCGAGGGCAUCGUCCAACAGAUCGUGCAGUGCUGCCAGACGCUGCUCACGUUCGCGACAAAGUACGGCCAGGCGGCACCGGCCGGGGCCCAGCCGGGCCCUCAGGAGCUGCGCGACAUGACGCACUUUGCGACGCUCGUCGUGCGCCUGCUCGAGGACUUGCGCCGCAACACGCUUCCGGACGAGAAGCGGGAGCCGUUGCCGCCUCCUCCUCUGCCUCCGAGCGCGCUGCCGGAAGAUGCCCGCCCGCCCAAACGGCCCUGGGAGGACUUGGCCCGAGAUGACCAAAAUCAUCACCCGGAGUACAACGAAGAUAAUCCCCAGUCUACUGCCGAGCAGGAUAUGGAGAUUAUCCGGAGCAAGCGCGCGACGAGUUCCGGCCAGAGCACGCCAGGGCAGCCCAAGAGCAAGUACCGCAAGCGUAGUCAGAGAGCGACGCCGCCAGGCAAAUGUCAUUCCUGCAAUAUCCGGGAGACGCCGGAGUGGAGGCGUGGUCCGGACGGCGCACGGACCCUAUGCAACGCCUGUGGCCUUCACUACGCGAAACUGAUGCGGAAACGUGACAAGGCGCUGGGUGCCGAUGGCAAGCCGAUUCCCAUCGACCUGCAAACCUUGCGAGCUUCGACGGCCUCGUCGCGGGGGAACGUCGACGUCAGUGGCGAGUCGCCUCAGGCCCCACCAUCUUCGUCACAGUCGCCCCAACAGCAACAGCAGCAGCAACCGCCGCCGCCACCACCACCAUCGCAUCAUCAACAACAACAGCAUGCGCAAGGCGUGGCCGCGGCACCGUACGAUCCGCCGAAGGCCGGACACCACCCACAAGACUCGCAUCACCACCCGCCGCCGCACACUGCGUAUCACCUCAUGCCCGGCAGCGGACAAAGCUCGCCAACGGCGGGCGCGCCGCCUCCCCCGCAUAUGAUGCCGCCGCCCACGCGGCACGCACACGAGCAGGCCGUGGGCAACGGGGUGCCGCCUCCGCCGUGGUAUGUUCCGCAGGCGGAGCAGCAGCAGCAGCAGCAGCAGGACGGGCCGUAUGCACGGUCGUCACACCCGCGUGGUUCGCCUCAGUAAACAUAUACACGCUUUAAUUUAUAUUACGUUACUCGGCGCCGGUAUUAUGGCUGUCUCUUUUCCUCGGUUUGCGCUCAUGUUUCUUGGCCCGUUUUUCUCGAUCUCCUGGACGCUAUGUCGUUGCUGCUGCUGCUACUCUCCACUACCUUCGUUCGCUGCUCGUGACUUGCCGCAUGCGUAUUAAUCUCCUUAAAGUGUCGCUGUCCGUGGUUUGUCAUCCCUGUGUAGACAUUUUUUGUUCCGUUCAUUCAGGACCCAAUGUUUUCGUCGCCCGUCUUCGCGGGGAGGAUUUC